AUGACUUCGACCUGCACUUCCGCUUCGGUGCAGCCAGCAGCCACGACGGCGACAACAACGGCGACGAGGACUGUCGCCUCGAGCUCGCGACUGGCAAGAGGCAAAGAUGCUUACAUUCAAGCAGGCGAUCUCAUCAUCGUCUUUGCCUCCAGAGACAAGACGCCUAUGCCGCUCACCGUGACACCAGGCGAGCACGUCUCCAAUAUGUUUGGACACUUUCCGCACAGCGAUAUGGUGGGCAUGCCCUACGGUAGCAAGAUGGUGUCCAAGAAUGGCCGCGGAUAUGUCUACCUGCUCCGACCUACGCCAGAACUUUGGACUUUGGCACUGCCGCAUCGCACUCAGAUCCUGUACGCGCCGGACAUGUCGUUCAUUUCGAUGAAGCUCAACAUGGGCCCCGGAAGCCGUGUCAUAGAGGCCGGUACGGGAUCAGGUAGUUUCAGCCACUUUAUCGCUCGUACCGUGGGUCGUGCUGAUACAGGAAUCACAUCGAGAUCCGUCGCAGAUCGAGACGCGCAAAGCAAGACGUCGGGAAUGCAGGUGCCGAGGAACUGGCAGGGUCUGCCCAACCAUCUGCAGCAGAACCUCUCGCGAGGCAGAGGCCAACCACGCGACACGGAGGAUGCAUCCGACACCGUCGACUCUCCAGCAGCAGCAGCAGAAACAGCCGAAGCCACUACGACCACACCGACGUCGCAGCCGCGAACCGACACAGAUCCCCACGUCCCCGAAGAGCACGGCCGAUUGUGGAGCUUCGAGUUCCACGAGCCGCGUGCGGACAAGGCGAGAGCCGAGUUUGCCGCGCACGGCAUGGACAAGGUCAUCGUGCUCAAUCACCGUAACGUCUGCAAGGAUGGAUUCGGCCUCACUGAUGCGGCAGACUCUGUGUUCUUGGACCUGCCAGCACCGUGGGAAGCGGUUGGGCACGCCGUUCAGGCGCUGCGGCGCGAUACAGUGACCCGCAUCUGCUGCUUCUCUCCUUGCAUCGAGCAGGUACUCAAGACCGUGACUGCUCUCAACGAGCACGGCUUUACCGAUGUGGAGACCUUCGAGUCGCUUGUGCGCACGCACGAGAGCCAUUCUGCUGCCGGUCCCGAGAUGAGCAUCGACGAGGCGAUCAACCGUAUUCGGGUGGUGGAGAAGCGCAAGGAAGCCAGACGUCUGAUCCAGAUCGAAAAGGCACGGAGUGGCAAAGCUCAAGCUGGCAGCAAGAACGGAAGCGCAGCAGCAGAGGCCGACGGCGACGACGAUGGCGAAGCUAGCAUGGCUGACGCUGCCACUUCGGCAGAUGCUGCCAUCGACUCUUCUCUCAAGCGCAAGUACGAUGAGCAGGAGGACGAGGAGCACGAUGAAAGCAAAGCACAUGCGUCGUCGCAGGACAAGGACGUCAACGGCUCGUAUCAACGAGGCGUGCAAGAAGGUAUUGCGGUGACCAAGAAAAAGGCCCGCAUGUUGCAGCAGCAGACGCAGCAAAACCAACCGAUUCAAGCAGCGACGGUCUACUCGAAGCCAUAUUACGAGAUGCGAGGCCACACAAGCUACCUCACCUUUGCGACGCUUCUUCCGCGCGACAUGACGGCCGCACCCUGA